AUGGUCGUGGGUAUUUUUUCAGCUGGCGCGGGUGUCACGAAGGCGCUUCUGAGCUUUUACGGCUCACUACUGCAUUACUGGGUGCGUCGCGGCAGUUAUGCGGACUGCCCAUUCUUUUCGGAAGACCUUCAUGCAAAAACCUACGUGUAUUCGAUUGCGCUGUUGAACCCGCUGUGGAGCCAACCUCAUUAUCGUCACCCGAGCUUUUACAAGGACUUGGUGACGAACCUGCGCAACGUUGCGAUUCCAGGCACGGGUUUGCCACUUUCGAUUGUGAGCUACUCGCGUCUUCUUCUCUUUCCCUUCUUGCUCUUCAUUUACCCAUGGCUAUGUGCCAUUGGUGCUUUUUUUGAAUUGUCCAAGGAAUACUCAAACAAGCAAGGAUGCAUCAUUGAAAGGUUUUUGCGCACUUUUGCGCAGAUUUUUGUGUGCCCGCAGAAUUGGUUUGCCUUCUGGCGUAUUAAUUGUCAUGUGGUGAGCUUACACAGCCUUAAGACAAAUUCACCCGGAUACAUCAUGGAGAACAAGUGGAAUUUUCUACUCGAGGCGGAGAAGAAUGGCAUUGCUGUUUCACCUCAUCUCAAGACACCUAGCUCAUUGGUCAUUAAAGACCGCAACGAGGAGGGCGGAAUGGGCAUUUUCAUGUUUAAAAAUGCCGUCGAUGGUGGAGACUGGAUUGUACAAGAAAAGCUGGACAACUCAUCUUUCAUCAAAAAGCUGCUGCCAGAAGUGUCACCUCUCUCGACCUUUCGCAUUAUUACUGCAUCGCGUCAUGGCUUGGGAGAGACAGAGGCGCUUAAGGACGGCGGCAACGGCAUCAAGUCGCUCAGCUGCGUGUUUCGUGCUGGCCUGGCGGGCGCUGCGACGGACCACAAAUCAAUUAUGUUUGAUGUGGACAUGGAAUCUGGAAAAAUUCUCAAAGGGUCUACUACGACGCACUGGUACCGUGUUGGCCCGCACCACAUGUUACGAGGCAAUCUUAGUGUAGGCCACGACAUCACCAACCACCCGGACACUGGCUUUCCUAUUACAGGCAAUGUAAUCGAAGAGAUAAAGCAGAUGAAGGAGCUUGCGGAAGAGGCGCACUAUAAGCUCAUGAAGGACGUACCACUAUGUGGCUGGGACGUGGCGCUUACUAAUAUGGGCGUCUUGCUGCUGGAAGUUAACAUUUCGUGUAAUUUUUUCCGAGGCACCUUCGACCAGCAGUGGUAUUUUCAGUUCCUGGACGACUACUUUCGCCAUCUUGAGAAGUUGGCCACGCCGGCAAAAAAGAGCAGUUAG